UAUUUUCUUACGAACCAUAACCAUAACUCUUAUCUUGAGGUGCAGUUAAUGGGUUGUUUCCUUUUCCUUGAUUUCUAGGCAACAAUAUGUUUCUCUCCAUUUUUAUUUCCUCUGCUUUGAUGUAAAGAUACACGCACAUAUAUAAAUGUUAAUGCGUACGCACAGUUGUUCUGUCAUUUCAGACUGCAAGUGAGAGUUUACAGAAGUUUUUGGAGGGUGAAAGAUCAUGAUCAAGCUUCCUACCGUAAGUUCCACAAGUGGAGAAGCAUGGGAUCACAAGGGGAGAACAGAGCUUGUAGAGAUUUUCAUUUCGUAUGAUGAUUAUGCGAUAAAAUUCUUACAAUUUCUUUAUGCUGAGAAUGGAAGCCUAGUUUUGUCUGAGCGCCCUGAUGGUAGCUAUCUCGGAAACAAAUUCAUCACAGUUAUGCUCCAAUAUCCAAACGAGUUUCUAACAUCACUGAAGGGAACUUAUGGCUAUGAUAGUUCUGGCUAUAGGAUAUUGACUUCCAUUGAGUUCGGUACCAACCUAGGCAAUCAUGGACCGUUUGGAGAGGCGAACGAGAAUGACGAGUAUUUUGAUUUACAAAUGGGCAACCACCGGCAAUUUGGUGGAUUUCACGGCACUACCAAGUUUGAUAUUCUGAGAUCCAUCGGGGUCUAUGUCAAGCCAAUCGCCUCGCUGAGCAACCUCAACUCGAUCAACAAGUCCACGUCCUGAAAUCUGCCCCUAAAGCCAAAGUCAAGAAUAUUAAUUUAGACCUUUGAUAACAGCACAUCUACACUAGUUGGUGUGAUUAUUCCAAUAUAGUCUCGUUUGUUUAUCUGCACUUAGUUAUAGCUGGCUUCUUUUGUGUAAUUAUUGCCUUUGGUUUAUU